GUAGAAGAAGUCUUCAUGCAGCUGACUGUUGUUCGUGCUUGCAUUGACACUUGAGAAACUGAAGUUGUCUCAUUUGGAGGUGGGCAGGGAUCAAAAGGACGCAGGAAUGUAACCUCCGUGUCUUAAAGUGUUGUCCACAGAGACAUGGACGAGAUAAGUCCUUUGUUGGGCAACCAGAUCUCUGGUCAGCCACCAGAGAGUCCAGACCUUCUGUCUCCAAACCUGAGGCCCAGACACCAGGAACUGAUCCCCACGCCAUGUGGACCGAUAAAGCCCUGGUCGGAGCUGUCAUGUCUGCUCAAGCUCUACUUCUGUUUCACCAUCGCAUCUCUGCUGGCGCUGCUCGGCGUCACCUUGUCCAGCAUCUACAAGCAGCGCAUGGACACAGAUGUGUUUGAUGAAGACAACUUCACUGUAUCUCUCAUCCAGUUGGUUGGAAUAUUGUUCUGCAUCUACUACAUCAUCCGUGGAGUGUUGCAGGAGAACAGACAGGAGCUGGUGGCGUUUGUGCUCAGCGUGUUGGUGGUGAUGGUUCGAUCGGUGGUCAACUUCUCCGUGCAGGGGUCAAAGGGCAAGCAGGAGCUGCUGGUUCGUUUUGUGUGCAUCAUGUGUCUGGGUGUGAUCCACAUCUUCUGCACCACCCUGCUCAUCAAGAGGCCCAACAUUAUGGCGUUCCGUGUGGGCGGGGCCUUGGAGAGCCUCCAGGAGCAGUACUUUCUUCUUAACCUGUGUUUCUCCAUGGUGACCUUUGACCUGCAGGCUCAGCUGUGUCUGUGUAUCCUGAUCACGACGUCGGAUUCGGUCAUGUCUGCUCCCAACAUCAUCAUCCUGGGCGUCGGGGUGGUGUGGGCCUCGCUGACCGCUGCUGUUGGAGCUGUCGCUGUUUUAAAAGAAGUCAAGGUGUUAGUGUGGGUCUUCAUGACGCAGAACCUUCCUCAGUUAGCCUUCUUUGUUUAUCUGAUGUACAAGGUGGUACUGAAAUGGUCCCAGGACAGCACGUACACCCUGGAGGCAGCUGCAGUCACUGGAGCUUUGAUUUCAGUGGUGAUUAAAGUGGUUUUAUUCUGGGGCCUCAUCAGACUGGUGCACAGCUUCGGUCAAGGCCUGAGGGAGAGGAUGUUUGCAUCCAGCAAGUGAUAAAACAUCCAGCGGUCGUAGGCCAAGGACACAGCUGCAUAAUGAGGGUCUAACAUCAACGAACUUCAGCCGUGCGAUGCUGAUUAUGGAGCUCGUAUCUUUAUUCAAACUUACCGCCAAAAUGAUCGUUUAUUUUUAAACCUAAUAUUCUGUUUAUGGCAUAGAUUUGACUUUAGCGAACACUUAUUUGUCAGUGUGCUUGAAUAGAGGAUGUGAAACGCCACAAAUCAGCUGCAAGUCAAACAAUUUUGUAUGAAACUACAUCAAAUGCCUUUGUAGACUGUUUUUGAAAUGGCUUUUAUUUUUCAUUUUUACUGGUGUUUGUAGGCUCUGUGUCUAGAUGCCAAAGACUUUUAAAAUAUCUUUUUAGUUUCUUUCCUGUGCAUCACAUUCAAAAAGUCAACUGACUUUAUUUUACUUUUUUUCAAACCAUUGUUGUCUAACCUGAAUUUUGUGAUUGUGCGAAUUGUGUGAUUUGUGCAUUGUCUGUACUUCUACUUUGAGCAACACUGGAAUAAUUUUUUAACUUAACUUUCUAAUGCACCUUAAUACACUAAAUCAAGUGUUCUUAAUAAAAUAUCAAAUCA